CCAGCAGCCUUCUCAGUAGUCAUCAUGAUCUCCCGCGUUUGUGUGUCGAUUUUUGUCAUCGCCGUCGGUGUGACGCUCAUCUAUGGUCAGCAAGGCUUUUUGAACGUCAAGCCUGUCAAUGAACUGUGCUUGGGUUGUAUCUGCGAGGCGAUCUCGAACUGCAACACGUCCUUAGGAUGUUCGGGCAAUAUCUGCGGCCUUUUCAAGAUCACCUGGGCCUACUGGGCUGACGCGAACAAACCAACGCUCAAGCUCGACAACCCUGACAGCAAUGACGGUAAAUUUUUACGGCAUUUUUUUUUUAAUUUAUACAAUUUAAAAUAUCAAAGAUAUCAAGGACGGCUGAACAAAACACAAGAAAACCCAAAAGACGCGAUCCAGCGGUGUGAUCAAAAAAUUAUUUUCCAGGAUUGCAAUAACGACGGCGUUGUCGAUUGCUUUGACUACGCGGCCAUCCACAUGCUCGGAGGGUACGGCUGCAGGGGCAAUUUGAACCCUGACUUCAAUUAUAAAUUCAACACCUGCCAGCAGCAGGUUGCACAGAUCGUCUCCGGCACCGGAGGCAAUGCUAACUGAUGAAUUCCUGAACAAAAAAUACCUUUACGUUCAUACGAUGUGGUCUAAAUUCAAUAUUUUUCCAAUAAAUUAUUUAUACGUUUGA